AUGGUGCCCGCCUCGACGCCUUCAGCGCCGCCACCGAGCGGCACCGCGCCGCCUCCCGGCUCCGAGACUUUGGACGUGGGCGGGUGGCAGGUCGUCGUCGCCGACGGGCACGCGGUGCUGCCUGAAGGCAUGACGCACCUGCCUUGGGCCCUCGUCUCCAUCGGCGACGGAGCCUUCUUCGGCUGUUCCUCGCUCGUCUCCGUCGACCUUCCUGCCAGCCCCACCUCCAUCGGCUGGGGCGCCUUCGGGGGCUGCGCCUCCCUCGUCUCCAUCGACCUCCCCGCUGCCCUCACCUCCAUCGGCAUGCGCGCCUUCUACGACUGCGAGGCCCUCGCCCGCGUCGCCUUCCCCGCCACCCUCGUCUCCAUCGGCGACUGCGCCUUCUCUGGCUGCUCCGCCCUCGCCUCCGUCACCUUCCCCGCUGGCCUCACCUCCAUCGGCGACUUCGCCUUCAACGCCUGCUCCUCGCUGACCCGCGUCACCGUGCCAACCACCGCCACCAUCGGCUUCGGCGCCUUCCCACCCGCCACCACCGUCCUCCGCCUCCCUCCCGCAAAGAUGCGCUGGUACAAUACCGUGGACCGGAUUCUUGCCUACAAGCGCUUCGCUCUCGAACACAAGGUUGGCCUUCUUGGCUGGCUAGAGCGGGUCAACAUCAGGCUCGGCUCUUACGGCCCGGACGGCGCGGCGCGCAAGCGCGACCGCGAGGAGUUCGAGGGCGACUUUGGGCACGGCGCUGCGGCGGGAUCGUCCGGCGCAUGA